AGUAAUAGGCACCGGAAGUUGUUGCCGCUUCGGCAGACGUGACUGGCGCCGCGGGGCCGCCGCCCGCAUGACGCCCGCACAACGGGGAACGCUCAACCGCCCUGCCGCUGAUCCAGUGUCAAAAAUCACGUUAUAACUGUAAUAAAUAAAAUAGAAUUUCCAAAAUAUACAAAAAAAAAAUUAAAUAAUACAGUCUUCAAUCAUAAUCGGAUACAAUUAGUUAGGUAUUUAACAUAUAUAUAUAUAUAUAUAGUGGUGGUGAUACGUAACAACAUUCGCUAUGGGGUCCGUGAACGUGAACCGGAAUGUGGCGGACGCGUUCUACCGGUACAAGAUGCCGCGCAUCUGCGCCAAGGUGGAGGGCAAGGGGAACGGCAUCAAGACCGUCAUCGUGAACAUGCCCGAGGUGGCCAAGGCGCUGGGGCGACCGGCCACGUAUCCAACAAAAUAUUUUGGCUGCGAGCUCGGUGCCCAGACGCAGUUCGACUUCAAGAAUGAACGCUUCAUUGUGAAUGGAAGCCAUGAUUCGGCCAAACUGCAAGACUUGCUUGACGGGUUCAUCCGCAAGUUCGUGCUGUGCCCGGAGUGCGACAACCCCGAGACGGACCUGAUCGUGUCGACCAAACGCAACACAAUAUCGCAGGGGUGCAAGGCGUGCGGCUACCACGGCCAGCUCGACUUCAACCACAAGCUGAACACGUUCAUACUCAAGAACCCGCCCGCCAACGAUCCCGCUGUACAGGGAUCGUCCCUGACUGAGGGUAACCGCGGCAAGCGAUCCAAGCGAUCCGGCCCCGGCGCCAACGGGAACCACGACGCUGAGGGCAGCGAUGCCAAGAACCCGGAGAGCGAGAGUCCAGCGCCGGAGCCGAAGCAGAAGCCGAAGCGAGAGCGCGCGCGCGGCCGCGACGCCGACGACGACGACGACGGCACCUGGACCGUGGACGUGUCCGAGGCGGCCGUGCGCGCCAGGAUGCAAGAUCUAACUGACGGCGCGAAGAGUAUGACACUAUCCGAGGACAGCGAGAAGAAUGAGAAGCAGCGCAUGGAUCUGUUCUACAGUUAUCUGAAGCAACGCUCCGACGCUGGAGCAUUGGACAAUGCGAAAGCACACGCCGAUAUAUUGCACGAGGCUGAGAGGCUGGAGGUGAAGUCGAAGGCGCCGCUGGUGAUGUUCGAGGUGCUGGUGCGCGCGCAGUGCAUCGCGGCGGACGUGCGGCGCCACCGCGCGCUGCUGCUGCGCGCCACCCGCGGGGAUGCGCGUGCCCAGCGGGCCGCGCUGCACGCGCUCGCCGCCAUGUGCGAGCACGACGCGCGCGUGCUGCCCAAGGUGCCCGCCAUACUCAAGCUGCUGUACGACCUGGACAUAGUGGAGGAGAAGGCGAUCCUGGAGUGGGCGGCGAAGCCCUCGCGCAAGUACGCCUCCCGCGAGACCACCGCCGACGUGCUGCGGCGGGCGCAGCCCUUCAUCGACUGGCUCAACGACGCCGACGAGGAGGAGUCCAGCGACGACAACAACGAGGAUAUAGAGAUCGAGUACGACGAUCGCGCCAAAGCCACGCCCAUCAAGGCCGUGAGCGCCCCCGCCCCCGCGGCCGCCGCCGCCCCCCCCGCGCGCCACGAGCCCGACGACGACCUCGACAUCGACGCCAUAUAAACAUCUAGCACGUGGAAACACUCACUGAUAAUCUCGCUACAAUAUCCAACUCGCACGUAACGGAAAACAACGCUAACAUACUUGUAUAUACAUCAAGUAUACAAAUUCAUUUUUAUGAUUAUCGUAAACAAACAAACGAAACAGUUUGUUUUCACUUCAAUACUUUUACAGAAUGUCCCGUUAUUUCCUGGUGUAACUAUGUAUAUUCAUUCGUUUUGAUUGUGUACAAUAUAAGUCACUUAGCAAUGUUCUCUGUUACGAGGUCUCAUAUGGACUAUUUUUUUUUGUAACAUGUAG